AUGGUGCGCUAUGCGAAGCGGCCGUGGUACACACCAGUAGGCUUUAUGAGUUAUGCACCGCAUUCAUACGCUGCGCUCUUGGUGUUUGUGGGCACGACUGCAGUGUUUCCAUUUCGAUACAAAAUAUCAGAGUACUUUGAACGGCAAAGGGACGGUCCUCAUGUUGAACUGAGAAGAAAGGCAGUACUCUACUACAAUGAAAUAGAACGUAUGCAUCGCCGUCAGGCGUUGCAAAAUUUGUCUAGUAUGCAGGAAGAUGACAGCAGCCAUCGUUUGUCUGCCACACUACAAGGUGAGGCACUGCGUAUGGGUCAUGUGGAUCAAGAGUACAACUACUGGUAUGCCCAUCAACGUGAUGCCCUGCGCGCAGAGAAGUUGCUGGCUGAAGUUAGGGAACUACAGGAAAGAGUGAGUCAAGCACAAUAA